UCCGAUACCUAAAGGUUCCCUUGUAGUGGUAGUGGUACGCUCCUUGUCACAUGACUUAAAUCCGACAACCUGAUUGGUCGGUACCUCUGCAGCGCGUCUCUUGAACCUCCAACGCCUGUUCUGUGCUCAAACGACUCCAGAACAGCCAACAUUUCUGACAGUUUAUACAGGUAUUUUGAGGAGCUGAGCAUGGCAUCCAGUAUUGUGGAGAAGGAAAACUUGACCCUGCACAGAGCCCAUGGUGUGAACAGACUUCCAUCCAAAUCAGGCACAGCUGUUGCACCAAAAGCAUUCCAGGCCAACAAUGCCCCAACUCGCCUGUUCACGCCCAGACGAGCCCUCGGCGACAUCAACAAGGCUCCCCACCAGCAGCCGUCACAGACACCUGCUACUGCCAAGAAACCUGGCCUCUCCCUGAUGACUCCCAACUUACCCAAACCCCUGGGGGUAAGGAACGUGGAGAAUGGCAUGAUCAGGAAGUCUUCUCUUAGCAAAACUCCAGGGUUAAAGAAGCCCCACCAGAAGACAGGAGGACUGAGACAAACCAGUAUGACACCGGCUCAGAUCAAAAGGAGAGGACCCAAGGAAGUUGAGGUCAAGGUUCACACAGACAGAAGUCCUUCCAACCCCGACAACCUUCCUGACAUGGAGGCCAUGCAUAUUCAUGAGGACAGUGAUGACCACAGCAUUUUUCCUGCGGAUGAGAGACCCUCCUUCCUAGUUGGGAACUUCCUGAGAAACUGGAGCAUUCCCUUCAUGGCCAGCUCUACCCAUGAACCAGCUCUACCCAUCAACAAAUUUAUGUAUGAACAAGUCAGAAGACCAAGUUGUGAUGAGCCCUUGGACCUGGAGCUGAACCUACCAGACCUCUGCAGUGACUUAGGACCUGUUGACCUCCCUGACCUGGUGGAUUUUGAACCCCUCUUCAACUCUUCACCAGAUAUUGUUUAAGCCAUAAGCUUUCCUUUUCAGCAGCAAGUGCCUUUUUUGCAGCAUAUGCAAUUUAAAUGUAUAGAAACAAUGGGAUUUCGUCUUCUUGCUAACAUUUACGUAAUGAAUUUGUGAAAACACUGGUUAAUUCGUAUUUCUAGUACUGUCUUGCAAUACUGUUUUUAUUUAUUGUUUCCUGUCAGGUGACUGAAUAAAAUUCUGAUUUCAUAG